AUGGGGGCGGCGGGGUUGGGAGUGGUCAUCCGUGAUGCUGAAGGUAUCGUAAUCGGGGCUCUUUCAGAGAGAAUUCCCCUUCCCCUUGCUGUUGCCACGGUUGAAGCUCUUGCAUGUAGAAGAGCUGUCCUGUUUGCUUUAGAACUGAGUAUUUUCGAUGCGUCUUUUGAGGGUGACUCUUUAAUUGUAACAACGGCGCUAUGUGGAGGUGAUACGAAUCACCCAGAGUUCGGCCUUGUUUUGUCGGACUCCCUGCUUCUGGCUCGCAGCUUCCGUUCAUGUAACUUUGUUCAUGUAAAACGUUUAGGCAAUUUAGUUGCCCAUUAUCUUGCUAGAAUGUCUAAGUCUAGUAAUGAGCUUCAGGUCUGGAUAGAAUCCAUUCCUAGCGAAAUAGCUCCUCUGGUUUCUAAUGACAUUUUGUAG